UUAAUCGGAUUAGCUUUUUCUGGUUCUAUUGGUAUGACUUUAGUUGUUUUGGGAUGCGCACUCCCUAAAUAUGACAACUGGUGGCCAUUCUUUGUUGUUCUUUUCUAUUGUAUGGCACCUAUCCCAACUGUUAUUUCACGAAGAUAUCGAGAUGAUAUGGGAACAAGUAGUGCUUGUCAAGAACUAAGUAUUUUCAUUACAACAGGAAUAGUUAUUUCUGCUUUUGGAUUACCAAUUGUUCUAGCAAGAGCACCAUUAGAUGAGCCUGUGAUAGAGUGGGGUGCAUGUAGUUUGAUCUUAUCAGGAAAUGUUGUUGUUUUUCUGACCAUUCUUGGAUUUUUCCUGGCUUUUGACAGUGAUGAUGUAGAUUAUAGCAUGUGGUGACAGAAGUCAUUUCUGAUCUCUAUGCCACUUUCUGCAAUGAAUUUCAACCAGUGUCUUUUUGUAAUAACAUAAUGUAUUCAUACAUAUUCAAAACAUUGUUUUUAUCAUAAUGAGGUUCAGAGGACAAAAUUUUUAAUACAUUAUUUGAUUUAUUUAAUUAAAUAGAACUUAAUCUAAAAUUGUUUAAUUGAUUACUUAAAAUACUUAAAAAACUGCUUAAUUAUAAUAUUAUAAAAAAUAUUGAUAUAUUAUAUUAAUUUUUAAAUGUGAUGGAUAUAACAAUUAUUAUUGUUUUAUGUUGUAAAAGUUUUGUGAUAUGUAGCAUGUAUUAAAUAGUAAAUUUUUGUUAUGUUGUUUAA